CUGAGAGGAAGGCAGACGCUUAACCCACUGAGCCACCCUGGCGCCCCCCCCACCCCAAGGGCCCUCAUUUCUGCUCACUAAACUACUAGGUGGCAGCUUGAAGCUGAAGUCAGGCAAGUCCAACCCGGAGGCCACAUGGCGGCCUGGAAGCCAGCACGGAGACACGUCCCAUGACUGCCCGGCCUCGUGGGUGGAAUUCGAGCAUGCACUGCCUGUGACCACAUGGCUGUCACUUCAGAUAAGGUACCUCUGUGUCAUCCACUCAUUGUCUCUGUUGGCAACUUCAACAGGGACUCACGCUUCUGGGCCCUGCUGCUACUCCGAGAAGUUUUAGCUGUCACCCCCUCCACUCAGGGCUCCUAUCGCCUGGAAGUCCAGACGGAAAGGGUGCUUCCCCCACAGUCACUGCAGAGUGGGACUCAGCCAACAUUGCCUCAUGCCUCUCUGGUGCGACAGAUCGGCCUAUCUGUCCCUGAGACUAGUCCCUGCCCCUCCUAAAGAGAUGGAGCGUUUCAACCGGACCGAGGCACAGACGUGAGAAGGUAAGAGCAGCCGAGCCGUCUAAGGAACCGAGAACCACAUACGGGUAAGAGGGAUUCUCCGAGGCCUCCCCUGACCCACCCUCCAUUCCCCCAUGUGUAGACCCUCCCCCUUGGUGAUUUCGUGGGGGAUCAGCCAUUCCUAUGUACUGUGAGCUCAGUGCGGGCACAGCCAGGACCAUCCGCUUCCUGAUGUACCCCCACUCUCAGCACAGAGCGGCCUGUGACGGACGCCAGCAGACCCUGUUCCCAGCGAAUGACAACUCUCCGGAAGGUGAAGGGAGGAGCUACCCCACCGCUGAGAGCCAGAGUGGACCUGGGCUAGACUCCAAUGCCUUCGUUUCUGCAAACGCAACAGCUGAGGCCCUGACAGCAGCAACGGUCAGGAAAAGCUUCCAGCUGCCAGGCAGCUGCGCCCCUCAAAGGCGACAUCUCUCCUCGUGUCAUUAACACCCCUUGGCCAAAACGAGUGAAGUGUUUUCAGCGGUUCAAUAACUUGCCUAAGGUUACCUGCUGCACGGGGCAGAAUCAGAAUUCCGUUUCCCAGGGGUCCUGGCCCCCCAGUCCCUAGGAAUCACGUCUGGAAGGAAGGGGCAGGGCGCGGGUGGGGGUGUCCGGGGAGCCUGAGGACUAGGAGAUACCUGGAGAAGUGGCGACUCGCUUCCCGGAGGACCAGAGCGCGCUGGCUGGCUCCGAGCACUCGGCGCGCCCACCGCACCCCCGGCCCUCGCGGGGAGGAAGCCGGGAACCCUCCUCCCACCGCACCCCCGGCAGGGAGCCCCUUCUCAGCCCAGACGAGCUCCCCCCGCGCCGCCCUCCCAGAAGCACGGCCCGAAGCGGGACAGAGGGGGCGGGAGGGGCCGCGGGCUCGGCGAGGACCACUGACGCGCGGCCAACGGCCUGCUGGGAAGCGGCGCCGCGCGGACCAAUCGGGCCGGAGGCGGAGACCGGUUGGCUCCCGAGCGUGCCGGGCGGGGCGGCGAGCCCGGGCGGGGGAGCGAGGGGCGGGGCGCGGCGCCAGCCGGGAGGCCGAGCCCUCUCCGCCCCACCCCGCAGCCGGCCUGCCGGGGGCGUCGCCCCAGCCCCUCACCGCCCCCCCCCACCCCAGGCCCCGUGCCUGUUGGGGACCCUCCACGUGACUCGGUGAUGCAGAACGGUUAUGACCUUCAGCGUGUGUCUGUGAGGGUCCCAACAACAGUGCGGGUUUGCGCCCGGCCCUGCCUGUGGGUGCGGGGACGUGUGGGUGUGCGGGCAUGUGUGGGUGUGUUGGGGAGGGUGCCCGGCGACAUGUGACAAAGGCUCCCGUCUCUGGGAGAUGGUGAAGGGGCCCGCGAGCCGGCGCUUUGUCUGGCUGUCUGCGGAGUGACGGUUCGCGCGGCGGCGGCGGGCGCCCGUGCGGUGCAGGAUGCCGGGGCGCCAGGGUGGCCGGGGGCGCGCGCGCCUGUGCCAGGGUGAGUGCGCUGCGGCAGCGCCGGGGGACUGCGCGGCGGGCCCGCGCCAGCCCGGGCCUCGGGCGUGACCGGGAGCCACCCGUGGGCGCUGCAGUGGCCGCGUGUCCCCGUGACCUCGGGAGCCAGCCGGCUCGGGUAGAUCCCCGUGCGCCCCUCCCUGUCCGCCCUCCACGUGCGUGUCCGCGGAGCGCGUGCUCGCCGGCGCGCACCCGCCCGCCUGUCGCCGCCGCCGCCGCCGCCGCCGCGAGCCGCCGGGAAAAGGUGCCGGGAACCGAGAGAGCCGGGGCCGCGGGCCCGAGCGCCAUGGGCAGGAGGGCGCGCGGCGGGCGGCCGGUCAGCCCCGGGCCUCGCCCCGACGGGAGAGCCGCCUGGAGUCGGCGGGGGCUGGCCAGGCCCACGGGGAGGCCGGCCCGCGCCCCCUGAGCUAAAGACACCAGGUGAGGGGGCCGCGGGGCACGGCAGCGGUGGCUGGGCAGGGAGGGGCCACGGGCCACGGGAGGGGCUUGGUGGGGCGGGGGGACGCCUUCCCUGGCGGGGGAGGGGAUGGCGCGGAGGGAGGGGGCUGGCGGUUCCUGGAGACGCCAGAGAAAGGAAGUUCCGGGACCCUCCCUGCUCUAGUGCCCACCUCCGCUUCCUGCCUCAUGCUGCACCUUGUCCCCAGAGCCAGGACCCCCCUACCCGCUUGGGAAAUGUGACCUUUACUCCGGGGGGGGGGGGGGCUGGCCCUGCAGGCCCCAGCCUUCUUUCUGCCCCUGGGGGAGAGGGAGAGUCCUGGGGUCUCUGACUCUGACACCCCCGGCCCAACACACACACCCAGGCCAGGCUCUGGAAGCUGGCCCUUGAGACUGGGCGGCGGGCACAGGGGGCACCUGCACCUGCCCCACCUGCGCCUGGGCUCCGGCCCUUCCCUGCAGGGCGCUCACCAUGGCCCCGCCACUCCUGCUGCUGCUGCUGGCCAGCGGAGCGGCCGCCUGCCCACUGCCGUGUGUCUGCCAGAACCUGUCCGAGUCGCUCAGCACGCUCUGUGCCCACCGAGGCCUGCUGUUUGUGCCGCCCAACGUGGACCGGCGCACAGUGGAGUUGCGGCUGGCUGACAACUUCAUCCAGGCCUUGGGGCCGCCAGACUUCCGAAACAUGACGGGGCUGGUGGACCUGACGCUGUCCCGGAACGCCAUCACCCGCAUCGGGGCCCGCGCUUUCGGGGACCUGGAGAGCCUGCGCUCCCUGCACCUGGACGGCAACAGGCUGGUGGAGCUGGGCUCCGGCAGCCUCCGCGGCCCGGUCAACCUGCAGCACCUCAUCCUCAGCGGCAACCAGCUGGGCCGCAUCUCGCCCGGGGCCUUCGACGACUUCCUGGACAGCCUGGAGGACCUGGACCUGUCCUACAACAACCUGCGGCAGGUGCCCUGGGCGGGCAUCGGCGCCAUGCCCGCGCUGCACACUCUCAACCUGGACCACAACCUCAUUGACGCGCUGCCCCCGGGCGCCUUCGCCCAGCUCAGCCAGCUCUCCCGCCUCGACCUCACGUCCAACCGCCUGGCCACGCUGGCCCCCGACCCGCUCUUCUCCCGAGGCCGCGACGCCGAGGCCUCGCCCGCCCCCCUGGUGCUGAGCUUCAGUGGGAACCCCCUGCACUGCAACUGCGAGCUGCUGUGGCUGCGGCGGCUGGCGAGGCCCGACGACCUGGAGACGUGCGCCUCCCCGCCGGGCCUGGCCGGCCGCUACUUCUGGGCCGUGCCCGAAGGCGAGUUCUCCUGUGAGCCCCCACUCAUCGCGCGCCACACGCAGCGCCUCUGGGUGCUGGAGGGCCAGCGGGCCACGCUGCGGUGCCGGGCCCUCGGCGACCCCGCGCCCACUAUGCACUGGGUCGGCCCCGACGACCGGCUGGUUGGCAACUCCUCCCGAGCCCGGGCUUUCCCCAAUGGGACCCUGGAGAUCGGGGUGACGGGCUCUGGGGAUGCAGGGGGCUACACCUGCAUUGCUACCAACCCAGCCGGCGAGGCCACAGCCCGGGUCGAGCUCCGCGUGCUGGCCUUGCCCCACGGCGGGAACGGCAGCGCAGAGGGGGGCCGCCCGGGGCCCUCGGACAUUGCUGCCUCGGCCCGCACCGCCGCUGAGGGCGAGGGGACAGUAGAGUCUGAGCCAGCUGUGCAGGUGACGGAGGUGACUGCAACCUCAGGGCUGGUGAGCUGGGGGCCGGGGCGGCCUGCAGACCCCGUGUGGAUGUUCCAGAUCCAGUACAACAGCAGUGAGGACGAGACCCUCAUCUACCGGAUUGUCCCGGCCUCCAGCCACCACUUCCUGCUGAAGCACCUCGUCCCCGGUGCCGACUAUGACCUCUGCCUGCUGGCCCUGUCACCUGCCGCUGGGCCUUCCGACCUCACAGCCACUAGGCUGCUGGGCUGUGCCCACUUCUCCACGCUACCGGCUGCACCCCUGUGCCACGCCCUGCAGGCCCACGUGCUGGGCGGGACCCUGACCGUGGCCGUGGGGGGUGUGCUGGUGGCUGCCUUACUGGUCUUCACUGUGGCCUUGCUGGUUCGGGGCCGGGGGGCUGGGAACGGCCGCCUCCCCCUCAAGCUCAGCCACGUCCAAUCCCAGACCAAUGGAGGCCCCAGCCCCACGCCCAAGGCCCACCCACCACGGAGCCCACCACCGAGGCCGCAACGCAGCUGCUCCCUGGACCUGGGAGACACCGGCGGGUGCUACGGUUACGCCAGGCGCCUUGGAGGGGCCUGGGCCCGGAGAAGCCACUCUGUGCAUGGGGGGCUGCUCGGGGCAGGGUGCCGGGGGGUGGGGGGCAGCACGGAGCAGCUGGAGGAGAGUGUGGUGUGAGGGGAAGGGAGUGAGCCCGGGGUGGGCCGGGGAAGGGGCACAGGGCCUGGGACAUGCAGCUGCUGGGCCCGGUGGGUCAGCACUGCCUGGGAGUCCCUCCUGAUUUUACCCUUGGUACCUCAGGCCUCCUUUGUACUUGGCAGGACAAGGGGCCCUUGCCCCAGUUCUGGCCUCCAGACCCGCAUUCCUCUGACGGGUGCUCACAGCCGCCGAGGCAGGGCUGCAGCCACCAAGCGGGAGUCUUGUUUUUCUUUAUAAUAAAAUUGUUGCGUACA